CUAGUAUUCUUCUACAGUUGUGUCAAGGUGUCUAAAUUUUACAUGAAGUUUGAAUUUCGUUUUAAGCCACUAGUUGAGUUUCUAAAAUUCUAAAAACCAUACUGACAUGGAAACUUCCAUGAAGCCACUCUCAAAUGAACCGAAAUCGAAAAACACCAUUAACGCCAAGAUUGACAGUGGCUUAAAACGACCCUCUUCGAAACUAAACCUAAACCGUCCGCAAUCGAAAUUAACGUUAAUGCCCAGGACUCGCCAAAAAACUCAAAUACUAAACGCCUCAAAGCUUCCUGUCAAAUCUUCAACCCCACCCAAAAGGGCGAUAGAAAGUGCGUCGGCAAUGCGUUUGUCAACUUCCACUGCAAAACCUGAAAUCAACCCACCGAUCCGGUCACCACCUAGCGUACACCGAUUGGGCGCGAUUCCCAGCUAUCUUAAGAAAUCACGACCUUCGACGGCUCAUGGUAAGCUGAUCAGUACAAGGGACUCGGAACCAAAUGGUUUCAAACAAAAAAAUAUCUCCCCCGAAGAAGAGGAUCGGCAGUCCGCGAAAAAAGUCCUUGAUCUAGAGCAGAUCCAUCACCAGCAGUUCCGGUCGAAUGUCACCGAACAGUACAGAAGAUACAGCGCCUCGAAAGAAGCACUCAACGAAACAGGCAAAGCGACGCCGCAACAACGAUCACCGAAUGCAACGAAACCACCGAGGACCAGCUUGAGCAAAGAGGUGGCGAAGAUCUGUGUCGAAACGGAUCAGAUCGAUCACUACUCGGCGGCGCCCGGCGUUAUGAGACUCGAGGGAGAAGGUGCAGGAGAUAGCGCAUUACAGGCUAGCAUUGCACUAGAGGAGUUGAACGAAAAGUUGAGAGAGAUGGAACGUUUGUGUAAAGAUUAUCAAGAGAAGCUGAAAAAUCGGGAAGAUCAGCUCGCUAAGUUGCAGAAAGAAAUGCUUAAGAAAACUGUCGACAUUGAAGAGCGAGAUAACCAAAUUGCGGAACUUAAUGGAUGCAUCGUUGAUCUACGCUUCGCAAAUAUUCCGGAGGAUUCGCCACUGGAACAAACCGUAGCCGAUCUGCGCCUAGAACUAGCCCAAAAGAGCAAAGAUCUGAUUCUGAACAUCGAGAAAAAUGAAGGAUACAUUCGUCGAUUGGAUGAUGCCAGCAAGCGAAUGGCGGAGCUAGAAAUUCUGCUGGAAGAACGAGAGCAACGGUUGUUCGAGCAAACCGAGAAACAGGCGGACAAAGAAACGGCUUUCGAAAAGCUUAAAGCCGAUCACAGUGAUGCUGAGGGGCGCCUACUGAAGGCGACGGCAAAGAUUAACAACUUGCGAAAAAAGCUAACGAAUCUGACCAACGAAAACACCGAUCUGAAGGCUCAGCUAGAGAAAAAAGACCCGAAAGUCUCGAAAAAAUCGGAUCAAAAGGAACAACUUGAACAAUUUCAGAACGAGAACCGUAUUGUGCUGGAAAGUCUGCACGCUGAGCUGAAGAAGCUGCGCUACGAAAAUGGAAUGCUUAAGAACGCCCAAUCGCAGGACAACAUUUUGAUGGAAAUCAAAAGCAAACUGAUCGACAAUUUGGAAUCGAGCAAAGCCACGCUGAAGGCACGCUGUGAACAGAUUUCGAAAACGCAAACGAAGCAGGUUGAAGAGGACGAAAGCACUCAUCCAACAAGGCAGAUGGACGGUUUCGAGGCGUUAUUCAAAAGUUUGGCCACCAAGCAGCGACGAUGCUGCAAGGAAGAGAAAAUUAUCAGUGACAUCGAGCAAAACAAUCGAAACUGCAAAAUAGCCCGCCGCAAGAUGCUGGAUAUGUUGGGCCAGCUGAAGAAGGAAAAUCGAGCCAUGAGGAGCAUUAUUUCAAGUAAUCCGGACCUGGCUCUCAUUAAUUCGGAGGAAACAAACGAACAGGUGAAAGGACAAAUUAUAAACCAGCUGUGUCAAAUUUUCCCGGAAGAGGACAACCUGCAGCAGCAGCCCAAAAAUGGCGGAACAGUAGAGCGGAUUACCAAUCGGAUUAUUUACGACGAACACAUGAUUGGUGGAAUCGCAAAACCAGGCAAAUUUUAGAGCUUAUCUCAGAUGCUCAAUUACAAGUGAUAGUAACUGUUGUUUAAAUUUAUUUAUUUGUAUUCAUAUACUUAUUGAAUCAAUCCACUUAUUUAAGUGCA